AUGGAAGCUGCUAGACGACGAGGUCUAUUACGUGAUGAUGCUGGAUAUGAAAGAUGUAAGGCUGAAGUAGUACUCUUCCAGAUGCCACAACAGCUAAGAACAUUACCCUGUGUGAUACUCCUAUAUUGUAACCUAACAACACCAAUAGAACUCUGGAAUUCAUUUAAAGGAUAUAUGGCUCAAGACUUCAUGCAACAUGCUGAUGCUGAAACAGCAGAAGCAAUGACAUUCUAUGCAACAAUUGAAAAAAGCUGGAAGAACAAGGUCAAAGAUGUAGCGAUUUUGCUAUAA